CCCUUGAUUGAUGAUAGGUGUUUCUUGCAGUGGCUUGUCAAGAUCCCAUCUGAACAGGAGCAGUUAAGAGCUCGCCAAAUAAGUGCACAGCAAAUAAAUAAGGUGGAGGAAUUGUGGAAGACAAAUCCUGAUGCUUCCUUUGAGGACCUUGAGAAGCCUGGUGUAGAUGAUGAACCUCAGUCUGUGGCUUUGAAAUAUGAAGAUGCAUAUCAGUAUCAAAAUGUAUUUGCACCUCUUAUCAAGCUUGAAGCUGAUUAUGACAAGAUGAUGAAAGAAUCACAAAGUAAGGACAAUGUCACCAUUCGAUGGGAUAUUGGUCUUAAUAAGAAGCGUGUUGCCUAUUUUGUAUUUCCAAAGGAGGAUAAUGAGUUGCGGCUUGUACCUGGUGAUGAGUUACGACUCCGUUAUUCUGGUGAUGCUGCUCAUCCUGCAUGGCAGUCAGUGGGUCAUGUGAUUAAGCUAACUGCACAAGAGGAGGUUGCAUUGGAGCUCCGUGCUAGUCAGGGUGUUCCUGUUGAUGUUAACCAUGGGUUCAGUGUUGAUUUUGUCUGGAAAAGUACAAGCUUUGAUAGGAUGCAGGGAGCUAUGAAAACCUUUGCUGUGGAUGAGACAAGUGUUAGUGGGUAUAUUUAUCAUCACUUACUGGGUCAUGAAGUUGAGGUUCAGAUGGUCCGAAAUGCUUUACCUCGUCGCUUUGGUGCACCUGGCCUUCCUGAGCUGAAUGCAUCUCAAGUUUUUGCUGUCAAGAGUGUUCUUCAGAGGCCUAUAAGUUUGAUUCAAGGACCACCUGGAACUGGUAAGACUGUAACUUCUGCAGCACUUGUAUAUCACAUGGCCAAGCAAGGUCAGGGACAGGUUUUGGUUUGUGCACCCAGUAAUGUAGCUGUGGACCAGUUAGCUGAAAAGAUAAGUGCUACUGGAUUAAAGGUUGUGAGGCUUUGCGCAAAAUCAAGGGAAGCUGUCAGUUCCCCUGUUGAGCAUUUAACUCUCCACUAUCAGGUUCGACAUCUUGACACGUCUGACAAGAGUGAACUUCAUAAGUUGCAACAACUGAAGGAUGAGCAAGGUGAACUUUCCAGCAGUGAUGAGAAAAAGUACAAAGCUCUUAAGCGAGCAACUGAGAGGGAGAUUUCUCAGAGUGCAGAUGUGAUCUGCUGUACAUGUGUUGGUGCUGGAGAUCCUCGACUAGCAAAUUUUAGGUUCCGUCAGGUGCUUAUUGAUGAGUCUACUCAAGCAACUGAACCUGAGUGCCUCAUACCUUUGGUCCUAGGAGCAAAGCAGGUUGUUCUUGUUGGUGAUCAUUGUCAGCUUGGUCCAGUUAUUAUGUGCAAGAAAGCAGCUCGUGCUGGAUUAGCUCAGUCACUUUUUGAGAGACUUGUUCUACUUGGUGUUAAGCCAAUUAGGUUGCAGGUUCAGUACCGAAUGCAUCCAUGUCUUUCAGAAUUUCCCUCAAACAGCUUCUAUGAAGGCACCCUGCAGAAUGGAGUCACUGUUAAUGAAAGGCAAUCAUCAGGAAUCGAUUUUCCAUGGCCAGUUCCAAACCGUCCUAUGUUUUUCUAUGUUCAGAUGGGACAAGAAGAGAUAAGUGCUAGUGGAACAUCUUAUUUAAAUAGGACUGAGGCUGCAAAUGUUGAAAAGAUUGUAACUACUUUCUUAAAAAGUGGUGUGGUUCCAAGUCAGAUUGGUGUGAUAACACCUUAUGAAGGACAAAGAGCUUAUAUUGUGAACUAUAUGUCAAGAAAUGGUGCUCUCAGGCAGCAGCUUUACAAGGAGAUUGAGGUUGCUAGUGUUGAUUCUUUUCAAGGAAGGGAAAAAGAUUACAUAAUUCUUUCUUGUGUAAGAAGUAAUGAACAUCAGGGCAUUGGGUUCCUGAAUGAUCCCAGGAGGCUUAAUGUUGCCUUGACUCGUGCAAGAUAUGGAAUUGUUAUUUUGGGUAACCCUAAAGUUUUGAGCAAGCAGCCUCUGUGGAAUAGUUUAUUGACUCACUACAAGGAACACGAGUGCUUAGUUGAAGGGCCUUUAAAUAAUUUGAAGCAGAGUAUGGUUCAGUUUCAGAAACCCAAGAAGAUUUAUAAUGAGCGAAGGCUUUUUUACGGAGGUGGACCUGGAAUUGCAGCUAAUGAUAAUUUUGGUUCUGUUGGAUCUGGAGCUGGAACAAGUUCAGAUCGUCGGAGUAGUCGAGGAAGGGGAUCUUAUAUACCUCCUGGUCCACCAAAUGGAACUCACAAGCCUGGAGUGCAUCCUGCUGGAUAUCCUGUGCCAAGAGUUCCCUUGCCUCCCUUCCAUGGUGGUCCACAAUCUCAACCAUAUGCCAUUCCUUCACGUGGGGCCGUUCAUGGACCUGUUGGGGCAGUUCCUCAUGUUCCAUCUCCUGGGAGUCGAGGUUUUGGGGCUGGUAGAGGUAAUUCUGGUGCUCCAAUUGGCAAUCAUCUUCCACACCAACAAGGCACCCAACAGCCGAUUGGGAAUAUUGGAUCUACCUUUAACNAAAAUCGACCACCUGGAACUGGUAAGACUGUAACUUCUGCAGCACUUGUAUAUCACAUGGCCAAGCAAGGUCAGGGACAGGUUUUGGUUUGUGCACCCAGUAAUGUAGCUGUGGACCAGUUAGCUGAAAAGAUAAGUGCUACUGGAUUAAAGGUUGUGAGGCUUUGCGCAAAAUCAAGGGAAGCUGUCAGUUCCCCUGUUGAGCAUUUAACUCUCCACUAUCAGGUUCGACAUCUUGACACGUCUGACAAGAGUGAACUUCAUAAGUUGCAACAACUGAAGGAUGAGCAAGGUGAACUUUCCAGCAGUGAUGAGAAAAAGUACAAAGCUCUUAAGCGAGCAACUGAGAGGGAGAUUUCUCAGAGUGCAGAUGUGAUCUGCUGUACAUGUGUUGGUGCUGGAGAUCCUCGACUAGCAAAUUUUAGGUUCCGUCAGGUGCUUAUUGAUGAGUCUACUCAAGCAACUGAACCUGAGUGCCUCAUACCUUUGGUCCUAGGAGCAAAGCAGAAAAAUUUCUGA